AUGAAUUCAUCUAAUCAAUAUUUAAGGAGAUUUGUUUAAUUGAAAGAUGAUGAAUAUACAAGUAAUAGUUGCUUGACAUAUGGGAUUUGGUCAAAGUAUAAUCCUCUUAGUACAAUCACUCAAAUAGGAAGAUUUGGAUUAUUUGAUAGUCUUUGCUUUCAUUUGCACAAUGCAAUUGAUUAAGAAUCCCAAAGUUUAAAUCUCGUGUAUUACGACUGCUUAAACUCUGCUACAAAGAAAAUAACAAAAACACUCUUAUUUAUAAAUAAUCUAGAAGAAUAGAAUAGAUUUGAAAUAACAAUAGAUCCUUUAGACUACGAAAAUACUUGGUUUUAUUUAUAAAUUAUAUCAUGGCCAUUAUAGGAUAUGUUUAGAUUGAUAAUCAUGAAAAGAUAAGAAAUUUAGUAUGAAGCCAUAAGAUAAAUGAAAUACCCAUUCAAAGAUACAAACUUAAUAUUUUCUUUCGGAGGUAAUCUUUUAGUACAUAAUUCGAAAAUAUAUGAUCAAUCAAUAGGCCAAACAUUUUCAUAUUUUCCUGGUCCUAUUAUUUUGUAAGAUGUCUCAAUCUCAAGUUUAGCCCUUGAUUAUGCUUUUAUUGAUUCGGCAAAUAAAAGCUGUGUUUGUUCAUCAAAUUCGAAAUCUUUGAUAGGAGAUAUGGAUGUAAAACUAUAAGAUAUUAACUAAUUUAUUUCUGAAAAAAUAAAUUGUGAUUCAUUUGUUCUAGUGGGUUGGAUUAAAGUUAAGGAAAUUGUAAAUUUAUAAGAUCAAUUAACUUAUCAGCUAAUCAAAAUAUAAGCGAAUUUAUUACAUCCAACUUUUUAGAAUCAAAACUUAUCUCCGUUCCAAAUAAUUUAUCAUAUCAGUUCAUAGAAAAAUGAAUUAGAAAUCACAACCUAUAGCUAUACAUUUCCUGACGUCUCUAUUGAUUUUUCAAAUAAUCCAUUCCUGCUCUCUAAGAGAAUCUUAAUUGAAAAUAAGAUCACAAUGUGGCAUUAUCUCAAAGUUGAAUUAUAAAAAAAUAAACUUAGUGUAGCAAUAAUAUUUUAUGAAGAAAAAGAUACUUUUCGUUAUGAUGCUAAUUUCUAAGUACUUUAAUUUUAAAAUUGUCAAUUUAAAGUUUAAUAUGGAAAUUGUUUAUAAACUAAAAUUAAUUAUUUAAACAUCUUAAUUAGAAAUUUGGAAUUUUAUAAUUGUUAUAAAAAACUUACUCAAUAAAGUUGUCAUUAUAGUUGUUUAGAAUGUGAUGGUCCAACCAAUCAGGAUUGCCUAUCUUGUUCAGUCGACUCUCAAAGAAUAUAUCUCCCAAAAUAUAAAGUCUGCAUUUGUCCCUAAAACACAAUUGAUAAUCAGAACCAAUGCUAAUCAUACUAAAAAUCAGGUUUAAGAUUAAUAAAAAAUGAAGAGCAGAAUACUAGUUAGAAUUGUAAAUACGGGUACUUCGAGUUUGAGGGAGAUUGUAUUAAAUGUCCUUCUUUGAUUAAGGAGCAAUUUAUUAGUUGUGUUGAAUGUCUAAAUAACCCAAAGUCAUGGUUUGAUUAUCCUAUCUGCUAAAUAGUCUAUGUGAUUAAACCAAAUAUCACUUUUGAUGAGGCAUACAUUUCAUUUGGUCAAAUCAAUUAUUAUUUUGAUGGAAUAUUACUUAACCCAAUUCAUGAUACCCAUACAUCAGCUUAUGAUACAGAUCUUUAAAAUAUAGAUGGAAUUUUUAAGGAAUUUCAGUUAGCUUAAAAUAAUUUUCGACGGUUUUGUUAAUAAAUGGAUUUUGCAGCAACUGAUUAAUUCAUUUGUUAUGAAUGCUUCAUUGAUAGUUGUUAAGUUUGUUAGAUAACUCCUACUACUUUUGAAUGCGUAGUUUGUUAUAGUAAAUAUGUUCUAGUAGAUGGAGAGUGUAUAUAAUAAUCUCAAAAUAAUUCAAUAUCUGAUCUCGUUUGUUUACCACCAUUUUACUAUUCAUUUGAAAAAUAAUGUAAAAUUUGCGAAAUCAAAAAUUGCAUUUAUUGCUUUGAAUAUUCAACAAGUGAUUUAAAUGUAUGCACUUUAGUGACUGUCUCCGAUUUUAAUUUAAGAAAUCUGAAAAAUAUCAAAAUAGGUUGCGCACUUUGUGAGGAAAAUUAUAUAUUCGAUUUCACUCUUGGGUUGUGUUUAAGGCAAAUUCCUGAAAUAGAUAAUUGUUAAAGAACUUAUAUCAAUUUAUAAAGUCAGGAGCUAUGCGUUUCAUCAAAGAAUACUGAUUUUUCUAUUGCACCAGAGAUAUCUAAUUGCUAGAAAUAUAUAGAAAAUUGCAAUUUAUGUUCUUUAAAUAUUGAAAAACAAAUUAAAUGUGUUGUAUGUUAGGAUAGUUAUGUAAUUGAGGGCAAUAAAUGUUAUUAAAACGAAGAAUUUAACAUUUAGAAAAACUAAAUUUAAAAUUAUACAAAUAAGAUUCAAAGCUUCAUUCUUUAAUUUGUUCCAAACCUAAAAACAAGUGUUUAUAGCAAAUACUUAAGUUCAUUAAACUCUGUUUAGUAAUAUUGUGAUUCUUAAUGCCUUUUAUGUGAUAUCACUAUUCCGUAUUGCAAAUACUGCCCAUUAAAUUACCAAAAAAAAAACAUUAUAACAGAGAAAGGUCCGAAUUGCACUUAUUGUCAUCCGUUGUGUGAAGUAUGUUAGGCUCGUUCUGCUAAAGAGAUACAACUUAAUUUUCCCAAUUUCAAUGUUACUUAGGACAAUUAAAUCUAUACUAAGAAAUGCAUAAAAGCAUAUUGGGAUCCCACCAUCUUUUAUGAUCAUUAUUCUCAAAUUGUGAAGUAUUGUUUCAAUCAGGAUUGUAAGGAUAAAUUUAUUUUUGACGUUUCUUAUUACUCAUGUGAUUUUACAAGAUUUAAUAGAUUUUAUGAAUCAGCAAUCAAUACCUAAUAUUGUAAUUAAAUUGGAAUGGAGUAUAUUAAAAUAAAUUUCACUUUUUAGGUUUUACAACCAAAAUGCUUUCUAAUUUUGCCAUUAGAUUUCUCAACUUAAUUAAAAUAAAAAGUCUUCACUGUAAAAAAGGUUGACUUCAAAUUAUCAUCGUAAAAUUACUUACAAAUUACUUUAUUUACCAAUAAUUCAUUCAAAAAUUAUGAUUAGGUUGAGAUAAGCAAUUUAGGAUUUUUGAUUACUGCAGAUCAAUUCUUUCUAUUCCAAAAUACAAAUAACAAAAUCGAUUUGAUUCUAUCAAAUUUUACAAUUACUUAAAGUGUAAUUUAAAAUAUAGAAUCAUUGUUCAGAGCUGAUGUGUUUGGUAAUAUUAUUAUAAAUAAUUUUACGGUCGAAAACACGACCUUUAUCAACUCCUCCAUUUUUAAUUUUGAAUUAUAUUAGGUUUAGGGGAAGAUUUCCAUAACAAAUCUAAAAAUUAACAAUUGUACAAUUAUUGAAUCAGCACUAUUUAAAAUGUCUAAAAUUGAAUCAAUUAUUUCUUUAAAUUACUUUAUUUUAGAUUAAUCCCUCUUAAAAAAUUCAUCAAUAUUCAGUUUUUUUAGCAGUUAUUCCUAAUAAUCAAGAUAUCUAAAUGUAUUUAAUACAAUUAUAAGAAAUAGCAAUUUCUCUCGAUCAUAUUUAAUAAACUGCACAAAUUAAAUAAAAGUAAGUAUGAACGAUUUUCAAUUUUAUUUCAACUCUUUAGAAGACUCUGUUAUUAUUUCAGUUAGUCAUAACAUUUCAAUAAAUAACAUAAAAAUUUAUCAAAAUGUCCUCUCUCUCUCUUAAUUCAUAUCCAUCACUUAAAUAUUGUUGAAGUAUCAAAUUAUGUGUAAAAUAAAUGAUUUUAUAGCAAACAAUAAUCAUUAUUAGUCUUCCAAUAUAAUUUUGAUCUUUUCAACAUUUUCAACAAACUUGCUUAUUAUCAACUUUGAUAAUUUUGAAAUAACAGAAAACUUCAAAUCAUCUAAAUAAAAUGAAAACAUUUAACUCUUUUGCAUGAAUAGUUAAGAAAUUCGCAUGUCAAAUUUUUUAAUUAUUGACAAUCACGAUUUAGUGAUAUUUUACUUAUCUGAAAAUACUAAAAUAUCAAUUACAAAUAUGACUUAUAAAAACUCUAUCCACAAUUUUAAAAUUCCCAUAUCCUCAGGUUGUUUAAUAACCAAUAACACAAACAAGUUACUAUAUAUUUUUGGAUUUACAACCAUUUAUAUUGCAAAUGUCUAGAUCUUACACAUACUGAGCGUUGAUGAACCUAUAAUCUAGAUUAAUCCAAGCCAACAAAAUAUAUCAUAUGUUACUCGUUAGAUUCAGAUAAUUAAUGUUACAUUUACUCAAAAUAUUCUCAUUUAAUCAACGUUAACUAACCUGAUUUCUUUGUUAAUAAUUGAAUCAGAUAAAAAAGAAAGUAUUUUACUGUAAAAUAUCGAAUACGAAGAAAACUUUUUCCAUUCUUACACGAGUACUGCGUUAAGAGAAGCAGCUAGUCUUUUGUACAUCUCUUCAUCGUUGAGUCUAUUGAAAGUUAUGAAUUUUUUUUGUAAAAACAAUGCAUUCACAAAUUCAUCAAAUGCUUUUAUAGCCAUGAUGUCAGCUGAGAUAAUACUUAUCAAUUAUACUAUAACUAACCACAAUUUUCUAUCUUAACAAAUAUGGACGAAAUAUUAUGAAUUGCAAUUCAACGAGAAUCUAAAUCAAUAAAAUCUAAAUGAAAUUAUAUUCUAAAUUUUAUAGAUCAAAAAUAUUGGAGGAGCAGGAUAAUUUUCAGUUAAAAACAUGUCUUGUAUUGAUUGUGCAUUUUCAAAAAUUCUCGCUAUGUAAAGCUCUGUUUUUGAUAUUACAACUAAUGAAAGAGGUUUAAUAAAUUUAUUCAAUAUCACAAUAGAUUAAAUAGAGAAUAAUUUAUUAUCAAUAGAAAAAGGUUCAGGAUGCAUUAGUAUUUAUUCAUCUAACAGUGAUCUGAAUCUAAAUUUAGUAAACGCUGUAUUUUCAAGUAUUUUUAAUAGAAUGGCACCAUCGAUAUUCACUAUUAACCCCUCCAAAUCAUUAAAUAUUAUAUAACUAAAGAAUACUUAAAUUAUAAAUUGCAUUUCUUUGCUCAAUUAAAUUAUAAAUGUAUAAUUCUCAUCAUCUCAAGCUAAAGAAAAUAUCAUAACCGUAGUAAAUAUGAGGAUUGCUUAAAGAUACGAUGCUUGGUCAAUUUAUUUCUUAAAAAUUAGAGAUUUAUUAAUCUAAGAAGUUACAGAUACUGUAAAUAAUUAGAAUUCUAUGAUAUCUUUUCAAAAUUGUAUAAUCUACAUAUAAGAAUUUUUUAUUGAAGGGAUUAUAACUAAUUCUAUUUUUUAAUUUACAAAUACCCAUAAAUUAGAGCUUUUGAAUGUAAAAAUAGACAAUAUCUAAAUGUUAUACUCAUUUAAUCUAAUUUAGGUAACAUAAACCUAAUAGAUUUAAUCAAUAAUUUAAAUAGAGCAUCUCGUUGUAAAAAAUGCUUUCCUUUACAAAAAUGAUAUGAAAUCAUUUUUAAAUUAUUUAUAUCACAUAUAUAACAUAAGAGAAUGUAAUUUAAUUUAAUAAGAUCCUGAUAGUAAUGAGAAAGAUUAUUUUUAUGUUAAUGUUAAUUCUCUUCAAUAAAAUAACUAAUUGGAAAGCUCUCUCUUAUAUUUUAAAAGCAUCUCUAAUCAAAAUUGCUAUUAUUUUAAGGAUAUUACAUUUCAACAUAAUGAUUGCAAAUAGUGUGAUAAUGGUUUGUUAUUCAUUGAAAUUUCAGACUUUAAAUAUAUUAAAUUUGAGAAUUUCAAUUGCAUUUAUAAUUCAAUCAAAUAAUUUGGAUGCUUGCAUUUUUCCUAGUAAACUUAUCUAAAAUCAAAAAUCUCAAUUACAAACUCUAAUUUCCUCUUUAAUAAUGGAAGUCAAGGUGUUGGUGUAACUGCUCAAAAAACAAAUCUAACAAUUAAAAAGUGUAAAAUCUUAAAUAAUAAUGCAGAAACUUUUGGAGGAGGUUUAUACAUGUAAGUAUAAUCAUCAGGCUUUAAUAUCAACUAAUCGAUUAUUAUUGGUAAUAAAGCUAGAAUAGGAGGGGGUAUAUAUUUAGACGAUGAUUGCAAUCUAAAUAACAAUAAUUUUUUAGAAUCAUUCUUAUUAUUCAAUGCUGCUGAAGUUUAUGGGAAUAAUUUAAAAGAGAUUCCAAAUCAUUUAGCUUUUUUUGUGAAUUAUGUAGAGAGCCCCUCUGAAUCUGUUUUUUUGAAUAACGAAAAGAUAAAUAAGUUGGAUUUAAAAACACAUAGAAUGGUUGAGUAGGGAAUUGAAAUAUUUACAAAAGAUUUAUUGAUUCCAAGCAAUCAAGUCAUAUAAACCUAUCAGAUUUUUGACAUACAUAAUUCAAAAUAUAAGCCAUAUAUAAAAGAUAUUAGCUUGUAUUUUCAAAAUAGCAGAAAUGAAAAAAUGCACAAUUUAGCCAAUUCAUCUUGUGAAGUAAAAGAUAAGAUAAUUGCAAAAGAUCAACAAGAAUUAAUAGAUAAAUCAAAUUAUUAAAUUUUGGUUUUUGAUAACGAAAAUAAUUCUUUUCCUUUUGGGUCACUAUCAUUUAGCUUAGAUCCAUAUUAAUAAAAUUACAGCCAUCUAUAAAUUGAAAUAAGUUGCUAAUUAUAAGAGUCUAGUAAGAUUUUGACAUAUCUACUAUAUGUAAAAAGCCUUAAAUGUUAAUUAGGAGAAUUCUAUGUAGAUAAUGGAUGUUAGCUAUGUUAAUCUAAUUAAGGGUAUUAUUCUGUUAUCUAUAAUGCAACAAAGUGUUCUAUUUUUGAUAAAGAGAAAUACUCUGAUAUUACUUCGAAUAUGAUUUAAUUACUUCCUGGUUUUUGGAGACCCAGUAAUUUUUCUGAUUAUGUCGAACCUUGUUUCAAGAAUCCCAUAUUUUGUUUAGGUGGGUGGCAGGUUUCCCAUAAUUCUUGCAAUUUAGGACAUAUAGGAGCUUUAUGUGAAGAGUGUGACAUAUAUAACAUUAGGGGACAUGGGAGUUAUUUUAAAAACUAAUGGGAUGAUAAUUGUUUAAAAUGUUAAUUUUAAUGGAGUAACACGUUGCCAAUUUUGAUAGGCUGUCUUUGGACAUUUAUAUCUAUUUCGAUGUCAUUAAGAAGUAUCUCUAGAUCUAAUUAAUUAUAUGCAUCAUUAAUAAUUGCAUAAAGAUUUAGCAAAAUCCUAUUUAAACUAAAUUAAGAUCAGGAAAGUAUUUAAUUAAAAAUGAUGAUAAACUAUAUAUGGAUAUUUAGUGUCAUUUUUACUUUUAACAUCAGAUUUUAAUUUUCUUUACUUUUUGUUGAAUAAACUAGUGAUACCUCUUAUUUUAUUGCAAAAGAUUUCGACUGUUAAAUAUCUUCUAUCGAACAUAUUCCUCUUGUUUAUUUGAAAAUUUUCGCUAUGUUAAUUUUUAUGAUAACUCUCUUCAUCCUCACAAUUGCAGGAUCUAUUUUAUAUUCACUAACAAUUAAAUAAAAAUUAGAUCUGAGUCUCCUUUCAAAUACAGCUCUCUACUUAUAUGUUUUUAAUUAUGCAGGAUUAAUAAAGAUGUUUUCAUCGUUGAUUUCAAAAAGAGAAGUAUCCAAUAACUAUUACAUUCAAGGAGAUUUAUCGUUGAAAUAUGGAUCUCAAGAUCACUAUUUGUGGAUGUAUUAUUUUAUAAUUCCUGGAUUGUUUGUUAUUGGUGCAUUGAUUCCUAUCCUGAUAUUUAUACUUUUGAAGAUAAAUAGAACUCGUUUGGAGAAGAUUAAGCUUAGAAGACAUAUUUCUUACUUAUUAAAUGAAUACAAAUAGGAAAGAUAUUAUUGGGAACUCAUAAAACUAUUCAAAAAAUCAAUCAUAAUAUUUAUAAUGACAAAUUUUGAAACUGAUAUUGUCUUAAAAGCAUCGUUGCUAGGAUUAUGUUUACUGGUAUAUCAAAUAUUGGCUACAUUUCAUUAGCCAUUCACUAUUAAAAAAUAUAAUAGUUUAGACCUAUAAACUAGUUAAAUUUGUUCAAUUUCGAUAUUUUUAGCUAUAACCAAAUAUAUUUGUGAAUAAAACAAUUAUGUGUCCCCAUCCAUAAUGCUCUAAAUUUUUAUAAUAGGAUGUGUAAUUAAACUUUGUUAUCCAUUUGUUUUUUGGAAUUGCAAGAAGCUAUUUUAAAAAGUAUUAAUUCUUCUUUUUGAAUAAAUUUCAUUCUCUUCUAAGUUAGAAAGUACCAAAUUUCUUUAUUACAGUAAUGUUAAUGAAAAAAUUAGAAAAAGAAAAAUUAAGGAAAAAGAAAUUAAAGAAUCAUAUCUUCAAAUUGAAGAGCCAUUUAAUUUAUUACUCAAAAAUAUAACUAAGAAACUCAAAACAAAUAAUGUCAGGUUUCUAUUAAAGUUCAUUAAGUUCAAGGAUAAAUAGUGUAAAAUCAAGUAGAAUAGGAAUUGA